AUGGGCUCUUCAUUGACGCCUCACCCUCUUGUAGAGGACCUCCUCAAGCAGCCGGAUCUUACUGUCCUUACCGCCUCGUCUCCAGACUGGGAAAAGACCCGGGCGACUUACAUCAUUGACAAUCCUGCGCAACCGGUUGCUAUCGCUCGCCCAAGAAAUGCGGAGCAGGUGAGCACGUUCGUAACGGCGGCGCGCAGGCAUGGCGUCAAGAUCAGCGUGAGGGUUGGAGGGCACGAUGUUGCUGCACGCAGCGUUGUAGAUGGCUGCUUGGUGAUCGACCUGCGCGAGAUCAACCGCAUCGGGAUCUCUGAAGACAAACAGACGGCCACUAUCGGAGGCGGCAUACUGAUUGGGGAUGUUAUCAAGACACUGGCCACUCACAAGCUGGUUACACCGUUUGGGUACUUUCCUACCAUCGGGUACGCUGGAUGGGCCAUGAUGGGUGGAUACGGUUGGCUAGCCUCGAGGUUUGGUCUCGGUGUCGAUCAGAUCAAGAGAGCUCGGGUGGUGACGGCUCAAGGGGACAUUGUCGAAGCCGACGCAGAGUUGUUGAAGGGGAUUCGAGGCGCUGGUGGAAACUUUGGGGUUAUCGUAGAGCUCGGAAUCAGGAUAUAUCCACUCGAGAAGCUUCUAGCAGGAACAAUACUGUUCCAGACGUCUGACAUCAAGGUGUGCGUGCAAAAAUACUUCGCUGGGUACAACGCGAUGAAAAAGUCGCCCUAUGGAGGUUGCGGACCAUUCUGGUUCCCCAAGCAGGACGACUUGUCACGAUGGUUGUUUGGAGUCAACUUUGUGUGGAGCUCCAACGACAUGGAUGCUGGCAGGCAGUACCUUCAGCAGGUGGCAGCUCUCGGUGAUGGAGCUGAUACUUCUUUGGUCAGAGAGACAACGCCUACGGAGCUCAUUGAUCUCAUCUCAGCACUGUCGCCACCUAGGUCGUAUGGGCUCAAUGCUGGUAACGCUGUCAGUUUCCAAAGCAUUACGGAAAGGCCUGCCAAAGUGAUUGGAGACUUCUUGUCAAAAGGUCCGGUUGAUACGGCCAACCUAUUGUUGAUUCAUGAGAUGCGAGGACAAUCUGCAGAGCCGCAUCCAGACUCUUGCUUCGGCGCACGGUUACCGCAUGGUGUGAUCGAGCUCAUCGGUAUCGUCAUCAACCCCGCAAAUAUUGAAGCCUCUACGCAGAGGUACCGGGAGCUGUACGAGGCGCUUAGAGGCACUGGCGAUGCAUUGGAGGUGACAUACGCAUCGCUGACGCAGACCCGCGAUACUCAGAUUAGCAAGUUGUUCGGCAGCGAGUAUCAGUUCGUGAUGGACUUGAAGAACAAGUAUGAUCCCGAGGGGCUUUUUGACAACACCGAACCAAGACUGCGGCCAUAG